UUUUAUAGCAAGCGAGAGGACUACCAUCAUAACACAAACCUUGAGCAAUCCUCUAUUGCACCACUCCCAACAAAGAAAGAAAUGAAGAGAGCACCUGAAGCAGAAGAGCAGAAAUUAGCUAGCCAAGGUGAUGAAGCUGGUCGCGCCGACAAUAGUACACCGACACCAUGGCUAAAGCUGGGCCUUGAUGCACUGAGAAGUGAAGAAGCUAAGCCUCCAGAGGCCACCCCUCAACGGACGUUCUCCUGCAACUACUGCCUGAGGAAGUUCUUCAGCUCGCAGGCCCUUGGUGGGCACCAGAAUGCACACAAGAAGGAAAGGUGUGCAGCCAGGAGAUCACGAAGCUUUCAGCAACUGAUGAUACGCUUUCCUCCAGCUGCUUCCUUCAUCCAACCUAUGAGGGCCAGCCCCCACUCCACAAUUCUGACUGCGCAAGGUGAAAGGGCCGCUGUUGUUGUUGCAAGAUUUCAUGACGGCCAAAUGAGAAACAGGAUGCCUUUUGCAGUAGAGGAAGCUGCCUAUUUCGUGUGGCCUGGGAGCUUCAAAGCAAGUCUUCAGGAGCCCAUGAAGCAACCAGAGGAAAAUAUUGAUUUGAGCCUGCAUUUGUAAUUUCUAAUCCAUAAUUCCAUGUAUAAACAUUUUCUGUGAAGUCAAUAUUUUGCAUCAUCUUUUGAGGUGAGGGAAUAAGAUUCCAAACUUGUACC